AUGGACAAAAAUCCUAAUCUUUCCUCUCUCAUCAAGAGUCUGAUCCAACACUUUGGAUCACCGGAAAGUGCAGCCAAACAUCUCUCCGCCCUCCCUCAGAUGGCCGAAUCAACCGACAAACCCUCGUCUUCUCAAACUCCGGUGGAAGUCCCAGGAGGAAUUUUUCCUCCAGCUCCUUCUCCAAAGGGCUCUCCGAAGAGAAGUACCACUGAAUCGUCUGUGGGAGCUGAUGUUGAUCCCGUCUCCUUGCAAAUGAUAGAAACUCCCAUCAACCCUGAGCCGAUCUCCACUGUUCCUCCUCUUGAGAGUGUUCAUUCAAAAAUGGCGCCUGGUUCCUCUGCGAAAGGUGACAAAAACCUCACGAAGGGGAAAACUUCUGUUCAUGCGACCUCGAAAAAAUCCACAGAACAUCCAGCUUUUGGUGUUACUCAACAUCAAACUCCUCUUCCUACUCAAAGCGAAGAGUCAAUUCCGUCUUCAAAAGAGGAAUCAGCGCAUGCUUCUGAAGAUACCUCUAUGGAGAGAAUUGGGGAAAUUGUCAAAGAGGCCCUGCUUGAUCUUGCUUCACAACCGGGGUCAGAUGUUGAUAAAGCUUCUAUUGUUGCUGAAGAAGAAUGUGCUGCUGGUGAUAUACCCACAUCCAUGGAUGUUGAUGACUCUGAAAAGAUUCCUGAUGUUGGUCAGGAUGUUGAUCCAGAAGAAAGCACAAAUGUGAUUGAUGUUGACACCUUUGUUCCUGACAAGUGA